GGACGAACAUCAACACUGAGCGAUAGGAACUGGGAGGAGUGGGAGCCUGCUGAUUCGUCCCUCCUCUUCCUCCUGUGUCCUUGUUGUCAUUCCCUUUGCUUCCUUGUCUCUCUCAGCGCCUCCUAAUACCCCUACUCACACGUACAGUGACACACAUGCAAGUUAGUCAUCUCUUUCACCUCCGCAGUGUGUAGACAGGUGUGUUUGAGGCGAGUUACCUGUGACGUGUUGGGAGGAGGGAAGCGGUACCUAGCUGGGUCUUCUUUUUUCUCUCUCCCCCCAUCGUGUUUGGUGUCGUCCUUGGGUUACCUGGUUGGGUUCCUGUAGCUCCAGAUCUGCGCAAAUAGAGGAGAUUCAGAACACCCAGUGGCGUCUCAGCCGCAGUUUGUAAGCCUUCACCUGAUUGGAAACCUAAAAUCCCUAAUUUUCUGGCGGGCUUCACCCUCUACAACCCCCUAACCAAGACAUCACUGUGGACUUGACAAGGGGCUGCACCCCUUGGACCCCUGCUUCUGACUUUUUGGGACUUCAAGAGGAGUGCCAAAGAUGGCUGGCAGCAUCCAACUCUCACGGGAGGCACUGUGCGAUGGGCUUGACCAUCUGGCACUGCAGCAACUCAGACUGAUGGACCAUUUAAUUCGGUGCAACAUGAUGUUGGAGGAGAAGAUGAGGAGUGGCUACUUCCUCCUGAGCAAGACCCGCUACAGCAUGGGCACCAAUGCUGUCAGUUCCCUCCAGCUGCCCUCACCAGACUCAGAAACAGAGUCUCUGGCUAAUGUGGUGACCAGCCCUGUGUUUUUAGAGGAAUACAAAGGAGACAUAAUGUACCACACAGUCGAUGUGAACUUCAAAGACCCAAUGACACCCCUACCAGAAGAGGAAGAGGAAGAAAUAUUUGAAACCCAGAAGAGUAAGAAAAAAGGCACAAGGAAAAGACAGACUGCAGAUAAAAAGGAACAAAUGACAGAUUGUGACAACAGUAUACUUGAAAAUGACUCUGAGAAAAAGACCUCAAAGAAAUCCAACCGCAAGUCUGUAAAUCGUGAUCCCAUUCGCUGGUUCUCUGCCCUCCCACAACAGUCACUGAGACAGGCACAGCAAGACUUCAAAUCAUCCAUCUCCCUCAUUGCUGAAUGUGCCACAAUCCAGUCUAAGUUAAGAACUAUCAACAAAGAGUACAGUCGCCUUCAGGAGAUAAAGAAUAAGGUGGAUGGAGGAGAAAAGGAGGAAUAGCAGGCACCACAUGUAUAUAGAUAUAUGCAUAUAUAUUUUUCUACUGCAGUUUUAUACUUGGUAUCAUUUCAACAUUCCAGACAUAGUGUACAUUUACUAAUCAUUACUAUACAUGGUAAAUUCAGCUGCUUGAUAUCUAUAUACGUGAUGCCUAGUAAUUGUUACAUAAUACUCAUUAGGGAACAUUGUUAAGUGAGGUACAAGUGACAGAAGCUCAAUUGUUUUUAUGGCAGGUCUUCAUAUUGAGUAUAGUUUGGCGACCUAUGCAUGGGAUUGUCAAUGGUGAUUGACACACUGGAGUGUCAAAUCACAUUUAAAUAAAAGGCUAAGGGAAAAA